CAGCCAGGCACCUACCGAUAAGACAGACCGUCCUCCGUAUGCGGGCAAAGUGUGGAAUUACAUGUAGCAUGGUAUGACAAUCUACAGAGAUUCUGACCGAAAGCGCUUUUCUCGACAAUGCAAGUCCUUCCUCCCGGAUCAUUCUGAGCUCGACAAACAACCAUGUCUGUCACCGAUGUAACGCUCAAGGCCAAAUAUCCGGCCAAAGCUCACUGUCGCCGGGUCGCCAAAUAUCUCACCGACGCAGGCUUCCCACACGAUGGAGUCAUCUACCUGGAAGCCCAGAAGACCCGAAUGGUUGAGGACGACGACCAGGCCAUGCACUUCCGGCAACGAAGAUACUUCUUUUACCUCUCCGGCUGCAAAUUACCAGAUGCCUAUCUCACAUACAACAUUCCGCAAGACCAGUUAACCCUAUUCAUCCCUCCAAUCGACCCGGACAGUGUCAUAUGGGCAGGACUGCCAGAGUCUAAAGAGGAGGCAUACAGGAAAUACGACGUUGACCAUGUCCUAUACUCGGACGAAGUCAAUGCCGCGUCGGCAGCAUAUGGUCCUUCAGGCUCGACGACGGUCUACGCAAUCCCCGAACAAGUCUCCGAGCACAUCACAUUCCUUCCAUUCGCGGCGACUCAAUUCUCAUGUCUAAGGGAUGCAAUCGACGAAUGUCGCGUCGUCAAGGACAGUUAUGAAGUUGCCCUGAUCAGAAAAGCCAACGAAAUCUCCACCCUAGCACACAUCGAGGCUGCCAAAGUGGUACAAAAGGCCACAAACGAGCAAGAACUCUACGGUGCUUUCGUCGGAACCUGCAUCUCGCAUGGGGCGCACGAGCAAGCCUAUCAUUCUAUCUGCGCCUCCGGCACCAGCUGUUCCACAUUACACUACGUGCGCAACGAUCAGCCCCUCCGAGAGCGCCUGAACAUCUUACUUGACGCUGGCGCAGAAUACGAAUGUUAUUGCGCCGAUAUUACCCGAACAUUCCCCAUCACGGGCACCUUCACCCACGAGUCAAAGACCAUCUAUGACAUUGUCGACGAGAUGCAGCAAUCAUGCUUCAAGAUGCUGCGUGCGAACAUAAGGUGGGAAGAUGUCCACGAGAACGCCCACUGGGUAGCGAUCCGAGGCUUGAAGAAAGCUGGGAUUCUGGUCGGCGAUGAGCAGGAAAUCUUUGAGAAACGCGUCAGCGUGGCCUUCUUCCCACAUGGUCUGGGCCACUACCUAGGCAUGGACACACAUGAUACAGGCGGCCAUGCGGAUUACGAUGAUCCGGACACCAUGUUCAAAUAUCUACGUGUGCGGGGCGAGGUUCCUGCCGGUGCUGUCAUUACUGUUGAGCCAGGCAUAUAUUUCUGCAAGUUCAUCCUGGAUCCUGUUCUGGAAGAUCCCCAAUUGAGCAAGUAUAUCGACAGGGAAGUGCUCGACAGGUAUUGGACGGUGGGAGGUGUCAGAAUUGAGGACGACGUGCAUAUCACGCAGGACGGAUAUGAGAAUUUGACGGAUACGCCGAAGUUAUGAUGAGGUGAAAGGAAGGCAUGAAUCCUGCAUCUCGAGCGUCAAGCAUCCCCAUUGGCAUCGAGUGCGACUGGAUACCAACACACAUGGCGCUCAACAGUGUGUGGUCACCGACGUCCCUCACAGACUUUGUUUCCGCAGGAAUCACUCUCUGUAUGCUCUACCAUCAUGUGCUCGUUUACCUCUUUUGCAUUGUUGGCAUAUGUUGAUAUUGCAUCCAGACGCGCCGAUUCAAUAGUGUGUAUAUCUACUGCAGUGUCUGCGUUGUCCAUCACUCUGGCCAAAAGCGCUUGAUAACACGGUUUGAGAGUGGGUUGGUCAACAACCUGGCGACGGAGACACGAUGUGUUGCUCUAUUCAUAGGUUUGACAAUGAUUGGGCAUCAUGCAAGUCAUUGACGACCAGGGUGCUUCUUCAUCACACCAAUCAUUGUCUGCUUAAGCGCCCA